ACAUUUCCUUUGGGGAAGGUGCAUCAAGGAGGACACCUUGCCAACUGGAACAUAUUCAGGGUUACAACGAUCUCGUCAAAGAAGUGUGCAAAUUCUACAUCCAAGGAUUCUGCACAAAAGGGGAGCGCUGCCCAUACAUGCAUAAGUCCUUCCCUUGCAAGUUCUUCCACAGAAGAGGAGAAUGUUCUCAAGGAGCCGAUUGCAAGUUUUCCCACGAGCCUCUCAAUGACGUCACCACCAAACUGUUGAAUGAGGCACUCAAACGGGAAAGAGACCUCUAUGAACUUACAAAAAAUGCUGAACAGGAGUCGUCGUCGUCGGGACGACCAGAAAACACAGAGGAGUCAGAAAUCAUAGAAGCAAACGGGACCUGUGAUGCACUCCUUCCACCACUCAGGCCUUACUUUUACAACAGUGCAGAAACAAAUGCUGAGAAGGAAAGCUUGUUAUGUCCGACUGAACAACUGGCUGAGGACAUAGAGGAAGCUGUCCCAUCACAUCCAUCAGAUGCUGCUCAACCUCACCCCCCUCCAUCAAGUAACAUUAAUCACGAGGAGCCAGUUUGUUAUUCAGUGGAAGCAGUGCUUGGACCUCAACUGUUUAAACCUUUUCCUAGUUUCUUUACAACUCCUGGAUGUGAAGCAACCCAAAGCAAAGUUCCCUACUCUGUUGAUGCUGUUCUCAGGUCCUGUAAAUCAGCCCCUCUUACUGUACGGACUGUAUCCUACACGCCCAACACUGACGGGGAGGAGAUCACUGAUCCACUGCUAAGCUCAGAAAGCCGAAAUGUGAAGGUCUUGUAUUCACAAAAUACCGCAAAUGCGGUGAACCAGUCCCAGGAGAAAAUGUUCAAGAGCCUAUCAUCCCUCCAAGUGAAUACCGGCCUGGUUUCCAAGACCUGCCCGAGUCUUACUCCGGCCUCCAGGGAUUACAAGAAGCAAAGUGUCAAUAUGCCAGAGUCCCUGAAACCUGCUCAAAGAGCUUCUCAUGAAGUCAAGUUGGAGUUGCUGCAUUCUCCUGUUACUGUGGCAGAGAAGUCCUCUAACAACAAAGAAGAUGUGAGAGGAAGCAUGCGCCUGCCUGCCGAUAACACAUCUACCUCUAAAAGUGAAGGUGUUCUCUCUUUUGGACGCAUUAAUCGCAAAAGCAUUUUUUCAAGGCCUCCUAGUCAAACAUGUACUUCCAAACAUCCUACACAGUUGAGGCCACAUCUCUCUGUUGUGACAUUGGACUUGCAUGCAUCAAUAAAGCCUCCUUGUCCCUCUUCAAGUUUCACAGAGUUUAAAGAUGGAGCUGCUGCUACUGUUGAACCUGUCACCAGCUCCAUUAAGACACGUGAUUCUGCAAACUCUGUCGGUCGUCAUUUUGCAGCAAAACAACCGACUGAGAUCCUCCUGCACUCAAAAAUGACACAAUCUGGUCUCAAACGUGGAACACGGCAGCGUUAUUCAACUGAAGUCACAGCCGGGUGCAGCAGUAAAAUGUCACAUAGUGGUGAUCUGGCAGUUGGAUGUAAAAAUACCCUGAAAAGACCCUUUCAUAGCCUUUUUGCAAGCUCCAUUAUUGACAUUCUGCAGCCAAUAGAUGAUUCUGUAACAAGUUCCUCUUGUCCUCAAGGCUUCAUUCUAUCUUCCUGUCCUUCUCCACAGUCUGCAGACUGCACAAGCAUUUGUGUUAAAAGUGCGGUUGAGCCUGACAAAGCCUCUGCCAGGUCCUUCCUCAGCCUUUUUGCUGCCCCUCUCAGUGCUGCUCCUCCCCCAUGCAUGAAGUCUCAAUCAGACUAUUCAAGGACUUCCUCCUGUUCCCAAAAGUCAAACCAGUCAGUUGAUAAUGCAUCAAACUCCAAACAAAGGACUUCUAAUUUAGGGACACCUCUCCCAUGCCUGGUUAGAACUGAUGUCAAAGAAAUCCCUCAUGUGCCAAGAUCCCACAAUUUCUCUCCUAAUCCUAAAUUAGACAAUGAAGACAGUUCUGCGGAGCAUAUAAAUCAACCUAGAAAGCAGAUGGUGGUUCCUGUCUGCCUUGUGUCCGAUUCUCUCAGUGCGAUGUCUGCCAGUCCAUCUACACCCCAUGUCCAACAGCAGGACACCUCAUCCCACAGAGGAUCUGCAGUAGCAACAACUGCAAAUUCAGUUCUUAAGACUCUGUUUCUGUCCCUGAGUCCGUACCAACGGGAUGCAGAGCAACAGUGAAGAGAUGGAGCAGCACGGGGUGCAGAAGAGCGCUAACAAGAGUAGAUGAAAGAUGAAGCUCAAGAUUCCCAGUCCAACAGUCCACUGAGAAAUCUGUUGCACACUCAACAGAGCUCCUGCCCCUUCUUCAGACUCCACUUGGAGGCAACAGGUGAAUUUACCCUCAGCAGUCCAGGAAGAACUGAGCCUGAGGUGAGAAACUCUGGCAAACGCAACUUGCCAUGCAAACCAGUGGCACUGCUAAUGCAGCAUCACACUACGACCGAGACAGAAGCACGCGUCAGAGGGAGGAAAGUGGGUAAAUGGGGACGUGGUGGCCGCACCUCAAGGACCUUUCUAAGAUUAAGACGGCACUGUUUCCCACAUUAACGUUGGAUUACUUUUAUGUUAAAUCACACUAAUAAUGUUGUUUAAUCUUGCCUUGUGGUCAGUCAUGAUAACCAUGUUAUGAGGGCGCACAUAUUUAAAUCUUGUUCUUUAUUUAAAACCUACAAGCUUCUUUGCAUUUGCUAUUUUGUCGGCAAUUUUUAUGAAUGAAUCUUUGUGCACUGUGAAAAUUGUUAUUGAAUAUUAAAAUAUUUAAAAUAUA